UGGGCGAAAAAAAAACAUUCGUCAAUUCACCGUCGUCGAUCGAACGCUGUAUUUUUUUCCAGUGCAAUAUUCGGCCGAUGAAUAAAAAGAGUGAUUAAAUUGAAGUACUCCCUAAAAAAAUAAUAAAUAAAUAAAGUUGAAAAGAACGGCAGAGAGAGCGUAAUAAAAAACGAGUGCUGUUGCUGAGGUGUGUGCGUAUGCGUGUGUGUGUGUGACGUUUACAGCAAAAAGUUCGGAGGUGUCAAAAUUUUCGAGUAUUUUAAAGUUAAUGCAACCGACUCCCGAUCGGAUAUGAGCUGAUCGCUAGCAAUCGAUCUAAUCGGAUAUGGAAAAGUAUUGCUGAUUGCAAACAAAACGAGGAAAAACAAUAAACAACGGCAAUUUGUUGCUGCCGCAACAGCAUACUAACACCACCACCCCCCGUUCCAGCCUAACGGUUCAUUCACAGUGGCAGAGGAAAGCAAGAAGAAGAAGAGUGUGCGAACUGGGAGCAUCAUGUGGCGGUUUUAGAAAAUCAGCUAAGGAUUAAUCAUCGCAAAUCAGGAGCACCACAGAUCGGACCGGUAUCGGUAUCUUGGAAACGUAACCCAGGGACUUAAGCAUCAGCAGGGAGUAUAGACUGAGAUCGGAGAUCGUCGUUCUGCGUCAGAAGAUGACCCUGACCACAACGACCACUGCCUCAUCAGCCGAGAGCCAAGCGAAAAUGGACGUGAAGGGCGGCGCACUUCCCGGCGAAGAGAACCUGCCCACCUCCGAGAUGGAUCUGCUGGCCAAGCUGGAGGCGGCCAACAAGCUCAUCGAGAGCGAUGCCAAGUCCCUCAACUCUCUGCACUCCACGCACAGUCGCAAGAACUCGGACACAAGUCAGAUCAGCCUCACGUCGAGUGGAAACUCAGUGGCGGAGGAGGACAUAUGGACGACGUGGGCCACCAUUCUGAAUGACUGGGAGGGAGCCCUGAAGCGCAAGAAUCCCUGCGUGAGCGAGCUGGUGCGCCGGGGAAUUCCGCACCACUUCCGAGCGAUCGUGUGGCAGCAGCUGAGUGGAGCGGCGGAGGCAGACAAGAAGCAGUAUGCGGAGUACAUCAAGGCAACCAGUGCCUGCGAGAAGGUCAUCCGGCGGGACAUUGCCCGCACCUAUCCCGAGGUGGAGUUCUUCAAGGAGAAGGACGGACCCGGCCAGGAGGCCCUGUUCAACGUGAUCAAGGCCUAUUCCCUGCACGAUCGCGAGGUGGGCUAUUGCCAGGGCUCCGGAUUCAUAGUCGGACUGCUGCUGAUGCAAAUGCCCGAGGAGGAGGCCUUCGCCGUGCUGGUACAGAUCAUGCAGCAGCACCGCAUGCGCCACAUGUUCAAGCCAUCGAUGUCGGAGCUGGGCCUGUGCAUGUACCAGCUGGAGAACCUGGUGCAGGAGCAGAUACCCGACAUGCACAUACACUUCCAGCAGCAGGGCUUCCAGACGACCAUGUACGCCUCCAGUUGGUUCCUCACCUUGUACACCACCACCCUGAACGUCAAUCUCAGUUGUCGCAUCAUGGACGUCUUCCUCAGCGAGGGCAUGGAGUUCAUCUUUAAGGUGGCCCUGGCCCUGCUCCUCACCGGCAAGGAAACGCUGCUCUGCCUGGACAUGGAGGCCAUGCUUAAGUUCUUCCAGAAGGAGCUGCCCGGUCGCGUGGAGGCCGAUGUCGAGGGCUUCUUCAACCUGGCCUACUCCCUCAAGCUGAACACCAAGCGCAUGAAGAAGAUGGAGAAGGAGUACCAGGACCUCAAGAAGAAGGAGCAGGAGGAGAUGGCUGAGCUGCGGCGACUGAGGCGGGAGAACUGUCUGCUCAAACAGCGGAAUGAGCUGCUCGAGGCCGAGAGCGCCGAACUGGCCGAUCGCCUGGUGCGCGGCCAGGUCUCCAGAGCUGAGGAGGAAGAAACUAGCUAUGCCAUUCAGACGGAGUUGAUGCAGCUGCGGCGCUCGUAUUUGGAGGUCUCCCAUCAGCUGGAAAACGCCAAUGAGGAGGUCCGCGGCCUGAGUCUUCGCCUUCAGGAGAAUAACGUAUCCAUCGACAGCAAUAACUCCCGGCAGUCGUCCAUCGACGAACUCUGCAUGAAGGAGGAGGCUCUGAAGCAGCGCGACGAGAUGGUCUCCUGUCUGCUGGAGGAACUGGUGAAAGUGCGUCAGGGUCUGGCCGAAAGCGAGGAUCAAAUCAGGAACCUGAAGGCCAAGGUGGAGGAGCUGGAGGAGGACAAGAAGACGUUGCGGGAAACGACGCCCGACAAUUCGGUGGCCCACUUGCAGGACGAACUGAUUGCCAGCAAACUGCGCGAGGCGGAGGCCUCACUCUCCCUGAAGGACCUCAAGCAGAGGGUGCAGGAGCUGAGUAGUCAGUGGCAACGGCAGCUGGCGGAGAAUCAGCGCAGCGAGAGUGAACGCACCACCAACGCCGUGGACUCCACGCCCAAGAAGCUGCUGACCAACUUCUUCGACAGCUCCAAGAGCAGCGAGCACACCCAGAAGCUCGAGGAGGAGCUGAUGACCACGCGCAUUCGCGAAAUGGAGACGCUCACCGAGCUCAAGGAGCUGCGACUAAAGGUCAUGGAGCUGGAGACGCAGGUUCAGGUGUCCACCAAUCAGCUGAGGCGGCAGGACGAGGAGCACAAGAAGCUCAAGGAGGAGCUCGAAAUGGCCGUGAACAGGGAGAAGGACAUGUCUAACAAGGCGCGUGAGCAGCAGCAUAGAUACUCGGAUCUGGAAUCUCGCAUGAAGGAUGAGCUGAUGAACGUGAAAAUCAAAUUCACCGAGCAGAGCCAAACGGUGGCCGAACUGAAACAGGAAAUUUCCCGACUAGAGACAAAGAACUCGGAGAUGCUCGCCGAGGGUGAACUGCGCGCCAAUCUGGAUGAUUCGGAUAAGGUGCGCGACCUGCAGGACAGGCUGGCCGACAUGAAGGCGGAGCUGACGGCGUUAAAGAGUCGUGGCAAAUUUCCGGGCACAAAACUGCGCAGCUCAUCGAUCCAAUCGAUCGAAUCGACCGAGAUCGACUUCAACGAUCUGAAUAUGGUGAGACGCGGGAGCACGGAGCUGUCGACAUAACCUAGAGAACGACCAGAUCCAGCAGAUCCUUACCAAGCAACAACCACAACCAGGAGAAUAGCAGCGAGUGAGAGGGGAGAGAAAAAUCAGGGCAGUACAGGAUACACCCAUAUGAAUAUGGGGGAGCGAGCUGAAGCCGAUUUUUAUAUAUAUGCUUCGAUAUAUAUGUAAGGGCAGGCCUGUGAUCACAAAAGCGGAAUCGUAUGGAGCAGCAUCGGGCACAGCAAGUUAAUUAAGGAGCGAGGAGGAGACAGCAGAAUAGUUGCAAUCCCAUUACAAUAUUAUUUAUGUAUAAUAUUCGUUUAAACUUUACUAUUACGAUACGGAUAUUUUAGAAUGAUUAUUUUUAUCUACUUUUUUUUUGGCAAUAAUUUUAUUACUGUUAUGUUUUGCAAUCGAAACACACUCAUAUUUAUUUAUUUUAAAUCCUAAUUGAAACGAUAUUGUGAGUAUUUUACACCCUUGUACAUUGAUCGAUGGCAACUAAUCCGAUGCGAUGGAUUGGAGAUAGGAGAUUGGCAUUUGGAUAUCCCCAAGAUAUAUAUCACAUAUGCAAUGCAAUGAAUUUUAUGUAAACCCCCCAAAACCCAUUUCCCAACCCAAGCAUCCUGUGAACCACUUUUAAUGUAAGUUUUAAGCGAAUCAAAUUGUUCUUUGCCCAGACGGAGAAAACGUUUUUAAUCAAAACGACGAUUUUUUGAAAGUGUACGAAAUUUUCAGUUUAUCCAUUCGAUUUACAUUAUGAUUUCAUCCCCGUAGAAUGAUAUUAACACUCAUACACACAUUUGUCUGGAAUGAAUUUUGUAACUCUCGUAUAGUAAGCUAAACCAAUCUAAACCUAAAACUAAAAUAAAACCAAGUGCGAAAGACAAAGUAACAAGCGUGGCCAAAUGCAGAGAGAAAUGCAAGAUGAGAAACUGAAAAACAAAUAUUAUACAACUAUUCAAAAUAGUUUAAAACGAUAUGUGAAAGAACCACGAAAAAGGGGCCCCCAUUUUCUCCCCGUUUGAGAACGAUAUUACGAUAACGACUACGAUAUUCACACUAACGAUAUUCUACUUAGUUAACAGUAGCGCUUUUCUAUACCCCUAAAACAGAAGUAUGAUUUAUAUGGUUCCUUUAACCCAUACCAAUCUUAAACGAUUUGGCAGCUUGUCACGAAAACCGAUUUCGACAUCGGGUUUCGAACGAUUAACGAUUAUCCGCAAACAAUACAAUUAUUCAGGUUGAGCCGUUUUCCAUGUGCAAUAUUAUAGUUUUUUAUGUUUCUAUUGAGUUUCUUAUUCUUUAUCAAGUCUUUAUUAUCAUUUGUUAGCAUGAUGUCCUCAGUGUUUAGGUUUGUUACUUACCGCGAUUAAGACCGAUAUAACCAAUCGUUUAAAUUAAUUUGUGUAAUUGAAUUGAUUUGCACAUCAUGACAAACCAAUUAGAAACAUCGAGAGAAGUAAGAAAUCUAUGUAAUAUGUUUCGUAGCACGUAAGAAAAGCGGAAAUGAUGUCACAAAACUUUGUUAUGUAAACACUAAGUAUAUGUAAUGCUUAAGUUUUGUUCCCGACUUUUGAUAAACUAUUAGAAUUUUUUGUUCUAUGCAAUAAUUAAUGAUUAUGAUUAUGUAAUGAAUGUACUAUAUAUGUAUUUCUGCGGCUAAAAGACGAGGCUGCUGGGGCAGUAUUAACAAUCAGCAGCAGUUAACAGACAUUUAAAUAUGAAACAUUCCCGAGAAAGUUAAAUUUCCCAUAAAACAGAUUCCCCAACAGCCUCGAGUCUUAAGAAAUUGGCAAGUUUAGAGUUAAUUGCGUAUUAUGUUAUGGCAAGCGAAGGCACAAAUUAUACGAUAUCUAAAAUAGUUUAUACAAAUUUAUACCCAUGCAUAUGGAGCAUUGUUGGCCAAAGUCUAGACUUGGCUUGCGCAUAGUUGGUGUUAACUGAUUGACCAACAAGUGUGGAAUUUGUGAGAAAUAUUGAUCAAAUAAUUGCCCCACUUAGUGAAUCAUCGGUGAGGUAUAAUGAACCCCCGUCAAUAGCAGCUAAUUUUAAUGCCUUGUCCGUUCGAUUUGAUAAAUGUGAAAGACUUUGCAGUUUAUCAAUUUAGCGUGCGAAUGCCAACGACUUUGGGCCAGACAGAAAGCAGACGGUAACGAUUUGUUGACCCUGCCAAAUGGUCGAAACUCCUUUGAAUCCAAUUAAUUAGCGGGCACACUCGCAUAUAGCAUAUACUUAAUGCAAAUAAAUCAAGUUCAGCUUCCAUUGAGCAAAUCAGUCUUCAAUGUUCAUAUUAAUUUGCACUUAUUUAUUGCGUUUCUUGUUUCAUUCAUUGUUGAUCAUUGAGCAAAACCCAACAAACCAACCAACAAAAUUCAAAUCACAAAAUGGAAUGUAGUUGACAAAAUACCACAACAAAUAGUGUUAUAUACUUUACAUAUACAAAAAUAUAUAUAUACAUAACUAUAUCAAUAUAACGAUAAAACUGACAACUGAAGAGCAGAGAAAACUCGCAGGGCUACAGCAUGAAACAAGUAAAAUUCAACUAAAACUACAAAAAUCAAUAAAAUUAAACAGAUAUACAAAACGAAA